AUGCCUGGCGAAGUCUAUGUCAAGAAAGCCUCGGACAUCCAGGCUCCCGAUGGCCCCCAAACCGACGGCAUGAUUCGCAUGCCUGCCAUCGUAGACAAGUCUGAUCAAUUAUGUGGCACCGUAAUGGUUGCGAAACCUCAUACAUCAUCGGCAGUUCACCACCACGGUGAAGAGGACACAAUUGUCUACGCUGCAAAGGGCCACGGCGCCAUAGUGAGUGGGCCAGACGGUAACAAAAGACAAGAGUUAGCCCCUGGUGAUUUCGCCCUUAUACCUGCAUAUGCGGAGCAUCAAGAAGUCAAUGAUAGCGACGAUGAUGUUGUCUGGAUCAUUACUCGAGGUGGCAGAAACCCUGUGGUCCAUAAUCUCGAGGGUUGGACUAAGAGCUGA